AUGUAAAACUACAAAAUGCCGAUCAACAAAAAGGGUAACAAAAUGGUAAAGUCUGUGAAUCUUAGUCUCUUCUCCAUCCCAGACUCUACUAAAUAUGAAAAAUAACAGAAAUCCAAAGAAGAGUAUUAUUUGUAGAUAUCUCCUCGUUUCGAAACUCAUACUCUGACUUUUACUAAUAAAAUUUAAAAGCUAAAGUGUGUAUAGCAUGAGGACUUGGACACAGAAGAAUCAGUUAAAUCAAAUGAAUCAUCAAAAACUGACAGGUCCAUGAAACUAUCUUAAAAACACCAUAUAGAGUAACCCAAAAGUCAGUUCUAUAAUGAAAUCAAAAGCUCAAGAAGGCUUAAGACUGAACAAUGA